AUGACCAUGCGGGUAAUGAGGGGCAACAAGCAGAAACGCUCUACUUACCUGCUGUGUGGCAUGUACGUCAAUGCCGUACAGGCCUACGACGUGUUGAGCGACGCGGAACAGCGUGCCGAGUACGAUGAGGCGCUUCAACAGGCCCAGCGGCGGCGCUCCGGCCGUACCGCCGGCAGCAGCGGCAGCAGCAGCAGGGUGGUGAUCAUCCAAGACGACCCGUGGGGGUUCGGGGGGGCCACGGUGGAGGUGGUCAUGGAGGGUUUUGAUAGCGACGACGACGACGACGAUGAUGAUGACGAUGGAUUCCUUAAUGAGUUGGAUUACUUGACAUGGGCCGCGACACCUGGCAACCUGAAAUCCAGCUUCCAAUCUAGCUGGCAGGCUAAUGCACGGAAACAAAAACGCCGAGUACGACAGCAGCAGCAACAGCAACAACGAGCGGCCAUGCAGGCCCAGCUUUCCAUGGAAGAUAAGGUUGUGUUGAUGCAGGAGAUGCCCCCUCAAGCCCGUGCCGCAGCUCAGCAGGUGUUCGGAAGCCGACUACAGGGGCUCAACAACCUGGAGGAAUUGGCGGAGGUGAUGGAAGCCGUGAUGGAGAUGAACGCCAUGGGUAUCGAGUUUGAGUAUAUCAACGAGGGAGGAGGGGGACGAUCUUCGACCCGUGGGUCACGCAGGCAGGGCGGUCGUAGCAAUAGCCGCGGCAGCGGGAGUGGUGCCUCUGCUGGAAGGGAUACGAAUGCACGACGAGGGGGUAGCCGAGGCGGCACCAGUACGGGUUCCGGCAAGCGCCGGAUGUGA